AUGACCGGCAAUAACAGCGCGGGUCGACAGGAGCAAAAGGAGGAACACACCUCCUUCUCGCGCCCCGAAUUCGUUUCGCUUGUUUCUCGAUCAAUGGAGAACGCAAAAGAUCGAACAUUGUUGGAUAGAAGUUUGUGUACCACGCGAUCAAAACAGAAUCAAAACCAAAAAACUGUCACAUCUCGAUGCCAGAGUGAAUUUUGGAGUUCGCUGCCACAGACCACGACCGACAAUAGCGCGAAGGAUGGCGAAAGAUUUUCAACAGAAGAGCGUUCCGAAGAACGUCAUGAGACUUUGAAGUUCGCGUUUCCCAAGAAGGUCAAGGCUCAUGGAAGAAGAAAAGCGAACGCCAGCAAGCGUAAAGUCACGUUCGCUGAUCAUUAAACUCGUUCGCGC